CACGGGAAGUUACUGCUAUUGACGUCUUUCUGUUUGGUUGCAGUGGUUGAAAAGUUUGACUACGUGUUUCCAGAGAAUGGCCUCGUGGCGUACAAAGAUGGGAAGUUCUUCAGCAAGCAGAACAUUCAGGGUCACCUGGGUGAGGAUGUGCUUCAAGAUGUUAUCAACUACUGCCUGAGUUACAUUGCAAAGAUUAAACUGCCGAAAAAAAGGGGGACUUUUAUUGAAUUCCGAAAUGGGAUGUUAAAUGUGUCCCCCAUUGGAAGAAGCUGUAGCCAGGAAGAACGAAUUGAGUUCUAUGAACUUGAUAAGAAGGAGCAUAUAAGAGAAAAAUUUGUAGCUGAUUUACGAAGAGAAUUUGCAGGAAAAGGCCUCACAUUUUCUAUAGGAGGCCAGAUAAGCUUUGAUGUGUUCCCAGAUGGCUGGGACAAGAGGUACUGCUUAGGAAUCAUUGCAGAAGAUGGGUACAAGACUAUUUAUUUCUUUGGAGAUAAGACUAUGCCAGGUGGGAACGAUUAUGAAAUUUUCACAGACUCCAGAACUGAAGGCCACAGCGUUACGUCCCCGCAGGAUACAAGAAGAAUCUGUGAAGAGCUGUUUUUUAAUUAAAAGACUUUCUUUUAGGCUUCACAUUUACCAAAUGGUUAAGACAGCUUAAUAAUUCAAACCAUUUUCAUUCUGUAUUGUUUUUGUAACUGGUGAUAAAUACUCAGUGCUUUGCAGGUGCAAAGGGAAGGGUUUUAACUCAAGAGAACCUGGGUGACUGGUGAAUAGAGCAGAGCUCAUUUAGGACCAUCCUUUCACGGUUUCUAUUAGCAGAAGUACUUUUUGGUUAGUUGUGGUUUUGUUCUUUUUAUUUGUUUGCUUGUUUUUUUUUUUUUUAAAGUCAUCAGCCCAAAUGACUUCAUUGUAUCUCAUGUGUUUCCCUGUGGAGCAUUACUUUGGGAACAGUAAUUAAUUUCACUUAGAAAACUAGACAUUUCUGGCCAGGUUAACCUGCAGGACUUGAUUCCUCAUGUCUCUGUGCUUGAAGUCACAGGAGCUACUGGAAAAUAAAGGGGUGAUAUUAUUACAUUGAUGCAUUGCUUCAGAUACACCUGACAGCAUGUUUUGUAAAUCUGUGCAGGGAAAAACGUACUUAGUUUUUCAUCUUCUUUUUUCCUUCUUUCCCUCACUUUAAACUAACCAGUAAAAUUUCUUCGCUAAUUAAUUACACUGCACUCCCUCCUCAUCUCCCCCAUUAAUCUGCCUGUUGAUGAUUUAUGGCCUUAAAGUUGGCCUGCAAGGCUUUUAUGCCUUGUUUUGGCUUUGAAGCUGCUAUUUAAAAUAAAUAUUUUGAAGGCUUUUUAAAAACACAUAUAAAUAACCUUGUGCUGUGAAGACACAAAUUUUAAGACAUCAGAGUAAAAGAUAUGUUUUACUAUUUAUUUUUUUUGAAGGCAGAACUGAGCCUGAAGUCCCUAAGCUUUCUCAUGUUUCAGUGCACAGUCAGCUGGUGUGGGACCUGUCAGCACUGGGAGGGCUGGGCCACCCGAUGCUGGUUUCCUCCUCACCACAGCCUGCACUGCCAAUGCACGGUACAUUAAUGGACCCUCUACUUUUUGCAGACUAUUUUAAAUCUACAGUGGAAAAAAAAAGGAAACCCAAUAUUAAAAUAACGUGAGUGCAGCAACAAGAUACGAUUUUGUCACUUAUUACACUAUUCCUGGUAAGAAUAUGGGUAGGUGAGAUUUUUUUUAGUGCUACAAUAAAUGAUGUGUGUUUCUGUUAAAAUUCACAUUGAAGCAUGGCAAUCAGGAACUGUUAAUACAACUUCUCUUGUCUGGCAUUUGGAAACUAAUCUCUUCUGGGAAUGGUUUACUUUGGAAAAGAGAAUAAAAAUCUCAUCAUGGAAAAAUUCUAACACUGUCAUUUUGGCAAAUAAAUUAUUUUAAGCAGA